CAAAACUUUAUUUUUGUAUAUCCUUGCUUAAAUAUUUCCUAUGGAACUUCCCUUAUCAUGCAUUGAGCGUAGGGUUCGAAAGAUAAAGAAAAAUAUAUUCUCAUCGAAUUUUGAUCUCUAUAAUUUUGUAUGCCCUUCUACUUACGAUACUGCAUGGUUAGCAAUGAUACCUCAUUCAAAAUAUCCUUCACAACCUAUGUUCAAUAAUUAUUUAGAUUGGUUGCUCAACAAUCAGAAACCUCAAGGGUAUUGGGGAGAGAGUGACACAAUUGAAUGCCUUCCACCAACAAUUGUUUCAAUGGUUGCACUCAUAAAGUGGAACACUGGCAAAUCAAUGGUAGAUAAAGGACGUUCAUUUAUACAUGCAAAUGCUGAUAAGCUGCUGAAUGAAGUGAAAGACGAUUGCCCUCGUUGGUUAGCUAUUGUUCUUCCUGCUAUGAUUGAACUUGCUGAUGAAAUCAUGGGUUUAGAUGUGCUCUUCACAAAGUCAUCAAGGGACACCAUGUCCUACAUUGCUAACCGUCGGAAAAGUUUUCUUAACAAGGAGGAAGUUGUUGGGGAUUUUGAUUGGUACCCUCCAUUAAUGUCAUACCUUGAAGCUUUGCCUCCAUCAUAUGUUAAUGAAAAAGAUAUAUGUAAGAAUUUGAGUGCAGAUGGUUCAUUGUUCCAAUCUCCCUCUGCCACUGCAAAAGCAUUCAUGGCUUAUGGAACUCAAGAAUGCCUCGACUGUUUACAAUCCUUGGCACAAAGAUGCCCAAAAGCAGUUCCACAGGCAUAUCCCAUGGAUGAGGAUCUUAUAAAGCUCUGCAUUGUCAACCAACUACAGAAGUUGGGGUUGGGCGAGUACUUUAUGGGAGAGAUUGAAAUACUUCUGACCAAAGUUUAUAGGAAUUAUAGUAAGGAACAAAAUUCACGGGUACAACCAUUGAAUAUGAAUGCUUUGCAGCUUCAGAAAGAUAGUCUGGCAUUUGAGCUCCUGCGGACACAUGGCUUCAAAGUGUCACCAUUACGAUUUUGUUGGUUUCUAAAUCAUGAUGAAAUUCGAGCUAAAGUUGAGAAAGAUUAUGAGCACUUCUCAAGUGCUAUGCUUCAUGUCUUCAGAGCCUCAAACCUAAUGUUCAGUGGAGAAUAUGAACUCAAGGAAGCUAGAACUUUUUCUAGGAAACUACUUGAACAAAUUGUUUCAACAGGCAAAGGAUGCUUAUUAAGACAGAUAGAGCAUGAGUUGAGUUUUCCAUGGUUUGCUCGUUUGAAUCAUUUAGAACACAGAAUGUGGAUAGAAGAAAGAGAAGUCAAUGCUCUAUGGAAAGGAAAAAUGUCAUAUAAUAGGGUAUCAUAUCUCUAUAACGAUGAAUUGCUACAACUUGCCACUCUAAACUUUGAGUUAAAGCAAUUGCUAUACAAAAAUGAGCUGAAGGAACUGAAGAGCUGGGCUGAAAAUUAUGAGAUUAGUAACAUGGGAUUUGGAAGAGAAAAAACCAGUUAUUGUUAUUUUGCUAUUGCUGCUGCCUUAACAUCCCUCCCUUAUGACUCAUACGUAAGAAUGUUUCUGGCUAAAAGUGCAAUUAUAAUCACAGUGGCGGAUGAUUUCUUUGAUAGCAUUGGGUCUCUCAAUGAACUACAAAUUCUCACAGAUGCAGUUCAAAGUAGAUGGGAUACAAGAGGCCUAAGCAGCCACAGCAAAGUUAUAUUUGAUGCACUUGAUAAUCUUGUGAGUGAAGCUUCUAGAAAUUAUCUCCAACAAGAAGGAACAUCUGAUGAUAUCUCACGUAGCUUAAAAGAUCUAUGGUAUGAAGUUUUCCUUUCAUGGCUCAUAGAGGCAAAAUGGAGCAGAAAUGGACACAAACCAUCCCUUGAUUGUUACCUCAAAACAGGCAUGACUUCAGCUUGCCCACAUGUCUUGGUGCUUCCAUCCUCAUGUUUUCUGAAACCAAGCUUACCAACCAAGACGCUCAAGCUAACAGCAUAUGAAAACAUAACAAAACUACUAAUGAUCAUUUGUCGUUUAUUAAAUGAUGUUGUGAGUUAUCAGAAGGAAAAGGAAGAAGGGAAAUUGAAUUCUGUUUUGAUAAACAUGAUGGAGAACCCUGAAUUUAAUAUUGAAGAUUCAAUUAACUUUGUGAGAGAAAUAGUUGAGAAAAAGAAGAAAGAGCUCCUUGAACUUGUUCUAAUUGAUGGAUUGUGUGAUUUACCUAAACCUAGCAAACAACUUCAUCUCGCAUGCUUGAAAGUUUUUGAGAUGUUUUACAACUCCAAAAAUAGAUUUGAUUCUAAUACAGAUUUGGUUGAAGAUAUAAACAAAGCAAUAUAUCUUCCUUUGGGUAGAACUACAAAGUGUUUUUCACCUCAAACAUUCCCAAAGAAGAAACAUACUAUAUCAAUAAUCCAUAAUAACUUCCCAUUCAAACAUAAUAGUAAGAUAGGUUUCACCAGAAUGAGGUUCAUGACACCUAAAGUUGGGCUUGGAUUCAUUUAAAUCAAACAAGAUAAAAGUGAAUGCUACCAAUAAUUGGUGUAUGUUUGUUCACUUUAAAUGUUAGGCAACUUGAAUCAAAUCGGAGCUACCAUAUUUGGAAGGGAUUGUUUGAAGCAUAAGGAACAGUUUCUUUCUUUAUUUGGAAUAAGUAAGGAUCUGUUUUGGUAUCGAUUAAAAUGUGUAUUGAAAUUUGUAAUUGAUUGUUAUCUAAGUCCAGCAUUUCAUCUUCAAAUUAUUGGAGAUCUACUGUAUAUUGAUAUAUUCUCAUUGUCAGCUUUGUAUUGAUAUAUUUCAACCAUAAGUAUCAGUUUUAGUUAACAAAUCUCAAUAAUUCCUUUAAAUUAACUGAAUAGAUAACUUUGUUCCUUAAUUUGUGUAAUCACCGUUUGAUUAAGUCUAUGAAUAUUUCAAAAUA